AUGCAGGGGCAAGUUGCUGGUGACGACGCUGGUGGCGGCAGCUCUAGGCGGCGGGAGAGCUCGGCCGCCGCCGCGUGCUUGGUGCGUGGCCCCAUCAUCGUGGGCGCGGGACCGUCAGGGUUGGCCGUGGCGGCGACGCUGAGCCAGCACGCGGUGCCCUUCACGGUGCUGGAGCGCUCCGACGGCAUCGCCGACCUGUGGACGAACCGCACGUACGACCGGCUCCGGCUGCACCUCCCCAAGGUGUUCUGCGAGCUCCCGCACGCCCGCUUCCCGGCCGACUUCCCCACGUACCCGACGAAGCACGACUUCCUCCGCUACCUCCGCUCCUACGCCGCGCGCUUCGACGUGUCCCCGCUGUUCGGGCGCACGGUGACCCGCGCGCGGUACGACGCGGACGCCUCGCUCUGGCGGGUCACCGCGGUGUCGGCCGCGGACGGCGGCGUGGCGACGACGGAGACCGAGUACGUGUCGCCGUGGCUGGUGGUGGCCAGCGGGGAGAACGCGGAGGUGGUGGUGCCGACGGUGAAGGGGAGGGAGAGGUUCGCCGGGGAGGUGCUGCACUCCAGCGAGUACAGGAGAGGGGAGAGGUUCAAGGGCAUGAGGGUGCUGGUCGUGGGCUGCGGCAACUCCGGCAUGGAGAUGUGCUUGGACUUGUGUGAGCACGGUGCCAUGCCCUUCAUGUCCGUCAGGAGCGGGGUGCACCUUCUACCGAGAGAGAUGUUUGGGGCGUCGACGUUCGGCAUCGCCAUGAAACUGCUUCGAUGGCUGCCGAUCAAGCUGGUGGACAGGCUGCUGCUGCUCGUCGCCAGGAUGGUCCUGGGAGACACCGAGAAGCACGGGCUGAGGAGGCCCAAGCUGGGCCCGCUGGAGAUCAAGAACAUCACCGGCAAGAGCCCUGUUCUGGACGUGGGAGCAUGGUCGUUCAUCAAAUCUGGAAACAUCAAGAUCGUGCCAGAAGUGGAGUCAUUCACCGGAAACGGGGUGAGGUUCGUCGACGGCAACGAGAUGGCCUUCGACGCCGUCAUCUUCGCCACCGGCUACAGAAGCAACGUCCCUUUCUGGCUCAAGGACGACGGCGAGCUGUUCACGGAGGACGGCAAGGCAAAGGCUGAGCAGGCGAGCGACGACCGAUGGAGGGGUCCCAACGGUCUGUACCGCGUGGGAUUCUCCGGCCGGGGCCUGCUCGGCGCUGGCGCGGACGCGCUGAGGGCCGCCGCCGACAUCGCCGGGAGGUGGCAGGCCGAGGUGGCGGGCGGCAGCGGCAGCGGGUGGAGCCAAGAUCUCCUCCUCCUCGGUGUAGUCGUCGUCCACAGGGCGUGCAUGCAUGGUGGUGUUGCUGCGCCUGCCCUCCUCGCUGCGCGCUGGUCCUGUGACGACGACGAUCAUGACCUAGCUAGCGGCCGGCUGCUAUGUAGUACUCCGUAG